AUGGCAAGCGAGUCGAACGCUCGAGUUCCGCAAUCAGAUAAAGCUCGAAAUCGAACCAAACGUACGCUCUUUUUUCCGUACAAUUCCUGUAUAGGGCUACUUUGGGCGAUUGCAGUCCCAUUGGGUGUACCGGAUCGAAACAUUUUCAUGUCGUACAAUUUCGAGGGCAACUACAAUAGUCCUACAAAUUUACAUGUGUUUACAGAGGGCUUUUGGAAUUAUAUCAGAGGUAUUGCGCCUCCCUUGGAAGAACCGCCUAUCUACAUCCAUCGAUCCUUGCAAGGGAAUGCCCAAUUGGUGAACUCAACCGGAAAUCCGGACUCGGAAAGUAAGGAAUCUGAUGCCACAACGGAAGUACCACAACAGGAGGCAGGUGAGCGCGCUCUACGAGCUGUUCCUAGCUAUCCGGGAAAAUUCAUCACCCGCAAGAAGGUCUACCAUGCCAUCGAAGAACAUUUGAUUAAAAAUGGCUUCAACGGUAAGAAGUGUCUCCUGCGGGCGAUCUGCGAUGCCGCCGAACUCCCAAUGAUGGAAAACAACGGCGUCUUUGGAGAUUUGGUGCACAUCCUGCUCACUCCCUCAUCCUCGGAGGACGAGCAGCUUCCUGCCGAGUUCUACAAAGCCGAACGUCUCGGCCAGGAAGGCCGAUGUCGGAAGUACCACAAACACUGUAAACAUGACAUUCUCGAUUUGUUCAGCUUUAUAAUGGAAUGA